AAAGAGAAAAGAAAGCAUUGCUUUGCUUGGCAAUGGUUAAUACUUACUGCUCUCUUCAUUCACAAGCCUAGGAAAAAACAAAAUAAAAAUGGAAAACAAACCGACUUCUCAACCACACACUCCGUUGCUCUGCCCCACUGACUCACUCACUCUCUCUCUCUCUCUCUCUCUCUGUUACUGAAGGCAAUUACAGGAAACACUUUUUUGAAUAAUCUCUAAAAGGAUAUGGGAGCGUGUGAGACUGAGCAAGGAGAGAGUUGGACUUGAGAGUUGUGUGUUUGUCUGUCGGCAAAAUUUUCAGGCGGGACCCACCUUCACAGACCAUCUAAAAAAAGUCUCUCUCCCUCAACUUCUCCGUGUGCCCCAGCUUCAUCACCUUUCGCUGGCACAUUUUCUCUCUCUCUUUCUAUUCGAUUCCAUUCCAAGUAGGCACAUUCCGAGAAAAUAUCCUGUGGGAAUUCUCCGAAGCCAAUGUUGUUUCGGAUGAGAUCAUGAAUUCCUGAAACCCCCUCUUUCUCUCUCUCUCUCUCUCUCUCUCUCUCUCUCUCUCUCUCUCUGCUGCCUUUUAUCUCUGUUUCUCGCUUGCAACUCUUUCGCAAACUGAUAAUGGACUCCAGGACUCGUCUUGACCAUGUUCUUUUCCAACUUACUCCAACCAGAACCAGAUGUGACCUGGUGAUCUUCGCUCCUGGGGGUGCUAACGAGAAAUUGGCGUCGGGGCUUCUGGAACCGUUUCUAUUGCACCUUAAAUGCGCCAAAGAUCAGAUUUCCAAAGGUGGGUACUCUAUAACUCUUCGUCCCUCGGGCUCAGGUGCUUCAUGGUUCACGAAAGCCACUCUGCAAAGAUUUGUGAGAUUUGUUACCACACCAGAACUUCUUGAGAGAUUUGUGACCAUUGAGAAGGAGAUUGUGCAGAUAGAGAAUUCAAUUCAAUCUAAUGAAUUGACAAGCAGUGCGAUAGAGGCUGAAUCUGGUGAUGGGAACCUCUCUAAGACAACAACCUCGUCCAAGUUGAAGGGUGAAGCCAAUGGAGCCACCAAUGCUGUACCAGAAGAGAAUUCCAAGGUUCGUCUUCAACGUGUUUUGGAAACUCGGAGGGCUGUGCUCUGCAAAGAGCAAGCAAUGGCUUAUGCUCGUGCUUUAGUUGCUGGAUUUGAACCAGACUAUAUUGAUGAUCUUAUAUAUUUUGCUGAUGCUUUUGGGGCUUCACGUUUAAGGGAAGCAUGCAUAAACUUUGUGGAGCUCUGCAAACAAAAGAAUGAAGAUAGGCUUUGGAUGGAUGAAAUAGCAGCAAUGCAAACCUUACCUCAACCAGAACUGCCAUACAUUGGAACUUCUGGAAUCAUACUUGCUGGAGAAGAUAAUAACCCUAAUCCGAAUAUCACCAUAAAUGUUAACCGCAAUGGUUUUUCUGAUGGAAAACCAAAUGCCUCCUUCGAUCCAUCAGUCUCUGACUCAACUACUAGUCAUGGAAGUUUGGAUGCGAACCAGGAUAAUGGUUUACAAACACCACCUCAGACAACAUCUAUGGAUGGGAAGGCUCAAGUGCCAAUGUCAUGGCCAAACCAUCUUCCUCCUCAGUACAUGCAUAAUUUUCAAGGUCCUGUUUUUCAACAGAUGCACCCAUAUCAGGGUUACCUAUUUCCUGGUAUGCAGGUUCGCCCUCCAUAUUUUGCAGGGAAUAUGAAAUGGCCUUCAAAUGUGGAAGAUUCUGGUCGUCUUGUUGAUCGGGAAUCUGAUGAUCGUUGGAAUCAUAAGUCUCGCAGGAGUAAAAAGAAACAUUCUCAUGGAAAAGUAUUGGAAACCUCAGAGCAAGAUGGAUCCACCGAGCAAAGCGAGUCAAGUUAUGAGAGUGAGUCAGAUGAACAUAUGCAGAAUGGGAAAAAGAACUCUUCAACAGAGCAGCUGCAUAAGAAGAUGCAUGGGAGGAAAUCCUCAAGAAAGGUUGUCAUUCGCAAUAUCAAUUAUAUAACCUCUAAGAGAGAUGAAGAAUCAGGAAGCGCCUCUCAUGUAACUUCAUCUGAUGAGAAUGGAUUCGAUGAAGAUUCCCUCAAACAGCAGGUGGAGGAAGCAGUUGGGUCUUUGGAGAGGAUACAUAAACCAACUUCACGGCGUCACAAGAAACAAGGUCGUGGUAAGUCCGGUGAUCAAGAAACUAAGCAUGUAAGUAAUUCUGAAGGAGAGAAGAAAAAUAACAGCUGGGAUGCUUUCCAAAAUCUUCUCUUGAGACAAGAGGAACCAAGUACUUUUGAUGCAGAACUUCAUUCCGUACAAAAUCAGGAGGAAUACAUGUCUAUUAAGAACUUUGAUGAGGGAAAUGCAUCAGCACUUAACCUGGAAAAAGAGAAGGUGACAAAGCAACAAGCUGUUUCAAGUGAUUCUUUUGUUGUGACAAAAAGGGAUAUGGGUAAUGAGAGUAGAACUCAAGUUGAAUACUUUGAGAAUGGUGAUAAUGUUGCCCCAGUUAUUAGGAAAAAGGAUAGCACAUAUGAGGAAGUACUGUUUUUGGAGAGAACUGAAGAACUAAGGAAGACCUCCCAUGCUACUCUUUCUGACUGUGCCAAUGAAUCUUCCAGAGUCAAAUGUCCCGAGGAAGGGGAUUGGUAUGUCAGCAACCAACCAAACAUAUCAAGGAAUCUGGAUGACAGCAAAGAUCCCAUUUUGCUUGAUGGGGUUUAUUCUUCAUCUUCAGAGGUCAACUCUUCUCAUGCUGAGAAAAAUAAGAAAGAUGUCCUAAUUGAUGAUUCUUUCAUGGUUCAAGAUCGAUCAGUAGCAGAUCAGUUUGAUUCCCAGUUAAGGACUGAUAUAACCAUUGUUCCUGAAAUUGUUGAAGCUACUCAAUAUCGAAAUGGCAUGCCUGAAAUUUUGCACAAGAAGUCUGAAUCUUUCAAUGCCUAUGAGCCAGAUGACCUUUACAUGGUGCUUGAACGUGAUUCAGCUGUGGACCAAGCAGUGGCCUCAUGGACUCUGGAAAUGGAUUAUGAUAACAAUAUUGCAUCAAUUGAAGCCAAUAAAAAGAAUCCUGACAAUGAAACAAAUGAUUCUGAGGGUGUUAAGCAGCCUUCUAAAUCUAAGGCCAGGAAUGGAGUUCCUGGGGAAAAGGUUUUAGGUAAGGAAGCAAGGUCUAAAGCUGUAAAUGGUUCUUUGGCUAAGAGCAGAUCUGAUAUCUUAUCAAGGAGCAGGAAACCACCUUCUGUAAGCAAAAGCACAGUCCACAAGAGCAAAUUUGAGAUGGAGGAAGAGAAUAGGAGGAAGAAGGAGGAGUUACUACUUGAACGCCAGAGGAGAAUUGCUGAAAGGAGUGCUUCCAGAGGGUCUAAUACAGCAGCACCUAAGAGGGUUUCAGCAGAAAGCAAAACUGCCAUAUCUUCCAUUAGGAAUGAGAAGGUCCAAGAUGCUAAGAAAUCAAAUAAGCCAGUGCCUGUACUCCGGAGUGCCACCAUCGAACGCCUUGCAACUGCAAGGACUACUCAAAAGGUGUUGACAACUCAAUCAAAUAAAGGCCAAUCUGUAAAGCAAUCUGUUAAGACAAAUGGUGUAGCCACAACUAUCGUAUCACAAAAGGUUCCUCAUGCCGUGGAUAAGAAACCGAGUCUGAACAAAGCUAAAGCUUCAGAAAAGGACGGAAAGAAUUUGAAUCGCACACUUUCUUCUGAAUCUGACGUCCAGGUAAAAGAUGUCACAGAAGCCAUAGAAGCAUUGCCCAUAAAAUCUACAGCUGUGCAUGUAACACAACCUGGUCAAACCAGUAAUGAGUUAGAAAAAACUAAGGCUUUCCACUCUACAUCUUUAACCGAGAAGAAUGAAGGAAAUUUGAUUGCAAAAGGAGAUGCCUUAGAUGACAGAAGCUGCAAUGCAGGUUCAGUCAACUUGGAUUCAUCUAUGUCUACCAAAGUUCACUCCGAACAGAAGGAUCACUUUAUAGGUAAUGCUGAAAGAUUAACCAAGGAAGCUCCAGAUCUUAAUGAAUAUGACACAAAACAGAUUCCUGAAAUGAGUCUACAUCCUAUGCCAGCAUCACGUUACAAAAAUUCGAUUGUUUCUACUGUGAAAUUUGAAGAGAAUAAUGGUACAGCGACUGAUAACAUACCUGUCCCUCAUGAAAUUUCAGAGAUAGAAAUCUCUACCCCACCACCAAGUGAUGGAAUGAUCUCAGAAGCAAUCUACUCUAGGAAGAAAUGGAACAGUGAGGAAAACUCUCCUAAAGCUACCAAAGGGUUUAGAAAGCUUCUUUUGUUUGGACGGAAAAGUCGAAGUUCUAAUGCAAAUUGAUACUUUGUUGUUUACUUAAUUCUGUUCCAGCGGCUUGUCUUCAUUUUAUAAAUUUUCCACUUGGGAUUCUGGGUUCUUCGAGUGGAGAAGAGAUGGACCUGUCAAGAGAACUGAUUAUAUAUGGCUAUCAAAUGGAGGAACUUAGAUAGCUCUCAUACACGAAUAAGGCCUUUGCGUUGCUGCCAUACAAUGAGUAUUGUGUAAUUUUCUUAAUUUUGGCGUAUACUAUAGGGAAGGUAUAAAAUGGUAAUGCUCUUUAUCUGGUAUGGCUUGUGGAUUUGUAUUGAUGUAACACUAUUUUUCUGUAUUUAUUGUAUUCUUUUGUUUAAAAAUUUGUUUGUAUGCAUCACAAAACUUUGCAGUGGUCUAUUAUUAGUUGUUACAAUACAUUCUUUGA